AUGUUGAUGCACGAGAAACUCAUAAGUGGACAGUUCUUUGAUUUGAAGACGGAUCGCAAGCCGCUGCUGCAUCAUCAUCAUCAUCAUCACCAUCAUCAGCAGCAGCAGCAGCAGCAGCAACAACAGCAAUAUCAGCUCCAGCAGCAGCAACAUCAUUUACACCAACAUCAGCAACAGCAGCAGCAACAGCAUUUAUCGCUGCCCAAAAUGGAUUUGUAUGCCGCCUAUGCCUAUCAGCAACAGUUGCUAUCGCUCAGUCAACAACAACAACAACAGCAGCAGCAGCAAUCCGUUGCUGCCGUCGCUGAGGUGCUGGACUUAUCGCGUCGCUGUGACAGCGUGGAAACGCCAAGGAAGACGCCCUCGCCCUAUCAGACCAAUUACAGUUACGGCAGCGGCUCACCCGCCGCCUCCCCAACAGCAACCAUACCCAGCAAUCUGCUCUACUCUGCACAAGCAGCAGUAGCUGCACAGCAUCAGCAACAUCAACAGCAACAACAGCAGCAGCAACUGGCAACGCUUUAUCCAGCGCUAUACUACGGCGCCAAUAUUAAACAGGAGCACACAGUGGCAGCAGCAGCAAUCAAGUCCAACAAUUGCCACAGCAGCAGCAACAGUACUGCCAGCUUGCUGCAAUCGUUUGCCGCUGCCUCGGCAGCAGCUGCUGCCGCUGCUGCAAUCCAAUCGCGACCCGCCAGCAAUGCCAGCACCAUGCAAAUUGAUGUGCUUGAGGCGCCACAAUCGCCACCACCAACAGCAGGAACAGCAGCAACACCCAGCACAUCCGAUGCGAUGAAGCAAACGCGUCCGUUUAAAGCCUUUCCACGUGAUCCGCUUGUGAUUGCAGCGAAUUUCGCCGCAACCGAUGUUCUGCUGGAUAAUCCGCGCGUGGAACGCUAUACGGAAUACCGGAAGCGUGUACUCGAGCAAAUACGCAGCUCGAAUGGCGGUGCACGCACUGUAACGAAUCCGAAAAUGCGACGCACUAACUCGAGGAGCGGCAGCGUUAACGAAGGCAGCUCCUCGACAAACAACAGCGAGAGCGAGGAUCGGGCCGAUCGCGCCGAGGAGUCCAGCGAUUGCGAUUCACAGGCGGGUAACUACGACAAGUUGACAGGAGCGGUACAAGGUGGCGUUGGAGGUGCCAUUGCUGCUGCUGCUGCAGUUGCUGGCCAAGUCAAGGAUGCCGCCUACUAUGAGCGACGGCGCAAGAAUAAUGCUGCCGCGAAAAAAUCGCGCGAUCGUCGUCGCAUCAAGGAGGAUGAGAUCGCUAUAAGGGCCGCAUAUCUGGAGCGUCAGAAUAUUGAGUUGUUGUGCCAAAUUGAUGCGCUAAAGGCGCAGCUGGCUGCCUUCACAGCAAAAGUAACCGUUUAG